CUAGAAAGUUCAUCUUCUCUUUAAUGUUUGCGACCAAAUGUAGCCAGAUUCAGAUCCCAAGUUAACUAAGACUGCUCUUCAAGUGUAUAAGAGUAGCACUGUCUGAAACCCAGGCCAGCAGUCUCCAAUUAUGGCGCAGCUCAACAAUGCUUCUACAUAUCCUUCUACGCUCGAUGAAAACGGAAAAUGCCCCGGAUUCAGCGAGCAAGAACCCGAGGCAGCAAUCUCAGCCGGCCACGCGGCCUUUGCUACAUACCGUGUGACAACAGCCCGUCACAGGGCUCGCCUUCUCAGGAAAUGGUACGAGCUGAUGCUGCAGCACGCCGACGACUUUGCGACUAUUAUCACGCUUGAAAACGGCAAGCCACUGGCCCACUCGCGCACCGAGGUCUUAUAUGCCGCCUCCUUUCUGGAGUGGUUUUCUGAGGAGGCCCCGCGCGUCUACGGGGACACCAUCCAAGCCAGCAACCCGGGCUGCCGCGCUCAAGGGCUUGAUUACCUGCAAGUUUCGGCUUUCGGGCCAGACCUGCGUAUCAGCUAAUCGUGUUCUUGUUCAAAGAUCUUUAUACAACACUUCUGUUCAAAUUAUUGUCGACGCCGUGUCGCAAUUCAAAAUCGGUGACGGCGUUGUGGCAUCGACAACACAUGGGCCUCUGAUUCAUACAAGGACUAGGUACUGACGAGCGGACCCUCAUCGCUUCUAGGAGCGAUAAGUGACCCAGCAGCACCCUUUGAUGGAGCCAAAGAAAGCGGAUUCGGCAGGGAAGGGAGCAAAUAUACCGGUAGGAUCGAAGAGUUCCGGACGACCAAAACGGUCAUGACUGCCGUAAAUUAAGGUGUAUCAUCCCUGUUCAAGGCAAAGGGAUUCCGCGGAAGUCCGCCGACCUAGACCAAUAGGACGUGAGGUAAACCACCUGCCUAGGUAGGUAUGCUGCGAACGCUGAUCAUGUUCCAUACAUGGGAAAUCACCAAGACAACCUGCCAAUCAUGAGAUAUGGAUGUGCGCCGUACCUCGUUGUUUGAAACCUUCGCCAUACAAGCAUUGUU